CGUCACGCGUUCGUUUAGCGAAAUGUUGACAAUCUCUUGCUCAUCACUAGCUAAUCAAGCGCAACAUACAAAUUUUCAAUGCGCAAUCGAGAUGGAGGAGGAAGACAUAAAAUUAGGCGUUAUGGAAACCAAAUUACUGGUCAGAACUCGAUUAGACAUGGAAAAUGCCUUUGGUAGCGGGAUGAGGAAGAAAUCGGUCCUUUGGGGCAAAGUACUGGACAAAAUGAAAACCGAUGCUCCAGAUCUUAGCGCUACAAGAGAUCAGUUGGAACGAAAAUUUUUAAACAUGUACGCAACAUAUAAAAGAAUAAAAAAGAGGAAAAGUGGAAGAGAUGCAACCACCUUGGAAUUUUUUAAUGAUUUCGACGAGAUUUAUGGUACAAGACAUUCCAUUUCUCCUCCAUUUCAAAAUUUGCAGAGUUCCCUAAACAUUUCAAGCAGCAAAAGUGUACAGGAUGAUGGAGAAUAUCAAAGAUCUCCAGACGAGAAUCAUAACUCCGAGACUGACUCCGAUGGUGAUGCUACUAGGAAUAAAUAUGAAAACAACGCAAAUACUCCUAAUACAAAACGAAAAAUACCAGCCAGCGAGUUACUGGAGUUUUUCAAAAAAGAGGCUCGUGAGGAAAAAAUAAGGCACGAUGAAGCGAUGGCAUUGGAAAAAGAAAGGCUUCAAAUAGAGAGAGAAAAAGUUUCAAGAAUGAUGGAGCUCAGAGAAGUGUUAGAUAAGUUUGUCAACAAGUGAUCUUAAUAUCUGAAAAAAGUGAUCUCACUCAGUCA